AUGAUUGUACCAACUGUUGAUACAAUUCGUUAUGAAUAUUUAAUUCAUAAUUUAUUACUUAAUAAACAUCAAGUUUUACUUGUUGGUGCUAUUGGUACAGGUAAAACAACAAUAGCUGAAAAUGUUCUUAAAAAACUUGAUUCAAGUUUAUUUAAUAUACUUAUUGUUCAUAUGUCUGCUCAAACAACAUCAAAAAUGUUACAGGAUAUAUUUGAAAUAAAUUUAGAAAAACGAACUAAAACUAUAUAUGUUCCUAUGAAUGGAAGAAAGAUGAUUACAUUGAUCGAUGAUAUGAAUAUGCCAAAUAAAGAUACAUAUGGUUCUCAACCAUCACUUGAAUUAAUUCGAAUGUGGAUCGAUUAUGAAUUUUGGUAUGAUCGAAAAACAAAAGGCACAAGAUUUGUUAAAGAUAUGUGUUUACUCACAGCGAUGGGUUCACCGGGUGGUGGCCGUCAUCAGAUAUCACAACGAUUACAAAGUCGAUUUAAUCUCAUCAAUAUGACAUUUCCAUUCGAACAUGAAAUCUGUCGAAUAUUUAGUACAAUGCUUAGUCAAAAAUUACAAUCUUUUGAUGAUGAUAUUAAGUAUCUGGAUCAAACAAUAACAAAAGCAACUAUUGAUCUUUAUCAAACAAUUGAAAAGAAAUAUUUACCAACACCAACAAAAAUUCAUUAUACAUUUAAUAUGCGUGAUAUAUCACGUAUGUUUGAAGGUCUUUUAUUAUGUCAUAAAAUAAUAAUAACAAAUAAAGUUGAAUUUCUUCGUUUAUGGAUUCAUGAAGCACAUCGAGUUUAUUCUGAUCGAUUUAUGACAACAAAUGAUCAUGAAUUAUUUAUUAAAAUUUUGAGUGAAAAAUUAGCUUUCUACUUUGAUCAAGUUUAUCAUAAUGUAUGUUAUAAUCGAGAAGCUCCAAUCUAUUCUGAUAUUAUGAGAAAAGAUGGUGUUUAUGAGGAAAUUCGUGAUUAUGAUAAAUUAAAAUUAUUUCUUGAACAAAAUCUUCAACAAUAUAAUGAAACUCCAUUAAUGUUAUCUAUGGAUUUAGUUAUGUUUCGUGAUGCUGUUCUUAAUAUAUGUCGAAUUAUACGUGUAUUACGACGACCACGUGGUAAUUUACUAUUAUUAGGUAUUGGAGGUAGUGGUCGUCAAUCACUGGUACGUUUAGCAGCAUUUAUUUGUGAUAUUGUUAUGUUUCAAAUUGAAAUUGGACGACGUUAUGGUUAUGGAGAAUUUAAAGAAGAGCAAUGUUUAAAUGAUCAAUGGCCACCGAAACCAGAACGAGCUGUACCGACUUAUGUUGUCAAUUUGGAUGAUCCACCUAUGGAACGUUGGAAUCAAGUUGCAACUGCAUUUAAGAGUGAAAUUAUUGACAUUCUUGCUUUCUUCAAAGCUUACAUCGUCGAGAUUUCACCUAAUCUAAAAUUUCUCCUAGAACUUAUUGAUGAUAAGCUGCCUGCUUUAGCCGACACAUUGCCAGCACCCUAUGGUGAUGAAAUGAAAGGCAUUAGUCAAGCAACAGGAUUACCCUUAGGUAUUCACAUACAUAUGCAAAUUUCAUUGCCAUACUGGGACAUGUCAAAUAAUACUUGGAUAUUAACUGAAAAACUUCGUACACUGAUUACUCAAAUAAAUUUUACUCGAAAUGGUGAAGUACUCUUUAAAACAACGAGUGUACUUACUGGUCUUAAGCCGAACGCAUUCAGUGUUUCAGUCAAUUCUCGUACGAGUUUUCAGGGUGGUUAUGAAGGUUUAAUAGAAUGGAUUUUUAAUAUUAACCGUAACCAAUCAUUUAUCACAUUUGCCCUACGUGAUAUGCUUACAAAAGCAGAAAGUUUUGAUGUAGUCGUUAACUACUUAGCUGAAACAGAACUCUUAGCUCCUUGUUAUUAUAUUGUUGGUGGACCGAAGCCUGAACAGGUGUUUGAUUAUUUUUAAUUAACAAUGGCUACUUAUACAACAUCAGUUGAUACGCAAGAUCGAUUACUCGAAAGUCCAAUGCGCGAGACUUCAAUUAAUACUGUGAAAUCGAUUCCGAUUUCAACACGGUAUGGUUAUGUUUUAGUAACACAACAAGGUGCAUCGGAUCGUCCAGUAAUCGUUACUUAUCAUGAUGUUGGAUAUAACUCUGCAACACAAUUCCAUCAUUUUUUUGCUUUUCCUGAAAUGAUACCAAUAACAGAACAUUUUACAAUAUAUCAUAUUAAUGCACCAGGACAAGAAGAUCGUGCCAAUCCAUUACCAUCAACAUCUGUUUAUCCUACUAUGGAACAAUUAGCUGAAACGGUCAAUGAUGUAUUCAAUCAUUUAGAUAUUAAAACAGCAGUUGGAUUUGGUGUUGGUGUUGGUGCAAAUAUUUUAACACGUUUUGCUUUGAAAUAUUCAACAAAAAUCUAUGGUCUUAUUUUGGUUAAUUGUAUUUCACGUGGAAUUGGAUGGUUUGAAGGUUUUACUCUUAAAUGGCCAACACAAGAUAUGCCUCAACAAGCAUGGACUGAUGCACUUUUAACAUAUCUUAUUUGGUAUCAUUUAGGUUAUGAGAGUCAAUCAGCACAUCCAGAUUUAGUACAAGGACUUCGACGUCAUUUGGAAGAAAAUGUUAAUGCUAAAAAUGUUGUCAAACUUCUUAAUUCAUUUUUAAAACGUACACCUAUUCUAAUGGAACGACCGAAUGAAUUGAAUAAAAAUGCUAAUCCACCUAUAAGUCUUAAAUGCAAUAUUAUUAAUAUGACUGGAUUUUCAUCACCACAUAAAGAUGAUGUUAUUGAUACGAAUGAUAAAUGUGAUCCAGCCAAGUCUUCCUAUGUUGAAUUUGCUGAUUGUGGUGGUGCUCUUCUUGAAGAACAACCAGCAAAAACAGCUGAAGCUAUUCGACUUUUUCUUCAAGGUCUUGGAUAUAUAUCACAUUUGAGUAUUCCAAAAUUUUCAAUUGCAAAUCGUUUAACUGAACAAGCAGCAGAAUAUAAACGUCGUAAUGGUCCAUCAUCGCGUGCACCGCGUCGUUCUAGUGCACCAUUUGAUUCAGUUGAUUCUGGUCUUUAUCGUAGUGAUUCACAAGGCGAUGAUUUAGAUGAUGAUCCAAAUUAUUAUGGUCAUGAGCUUCAACUUCGUGUUGAUUCAUUUGAUGAUCGAAAUGUUAAAUUAUAA